AAGUCGAGUGCAAGUCAAUAAAACUGACACAGCAUUAAACACAGCUUUCAGCACAGAGCCAGCCUGUCCCAAAAUGGGGAUUAGCAAAGCCGUCUUUCUGUUACUUUUAUUUCUAUACCCAGCACAAGGAGACAUAUUAGAUGACUAUGUAAAAACCGAGGGUGCUUGGAUAGUUGGCGUAACAAAACAGAUUUACAAAACAAAUGGUAAAGAAGAAUGUGCUGAGAAAUGUGAAGCUGAAACAAAAUUCACAUGCAGGGCCUUUCUAUUCACCAGUAAAGAUCAACAGUGUAUUACAUUAGCUGAGAACACAAAAACAGCAGAGUCAAUCAGAAGAACAAAUGUGGUGCUCUAUGAGAAAAAAAUAUACCUUUUAGAAUGCAAGAAUGGUAAGGGGAUGGACUACAGAGGAACAGAAUCUAAAACUCAGAGUGGUGUGCCCUGCCAGAUGUGGAGCAACAAUAAACCUCACAUCCCUAAGUUUACACCUGACAAAAACCCCACUGCAGGGUUAGAGGCAAACUACUGCAGAAAUCCUGAUGGGGAUGAAAAAGGACCUUGGUGUUACACAACAGAUCCCAAUACUAGAUUUGAUUACUGUAACAUCCAAGAAUGCGAAGAAGAGUGCAUGCACUGCAGUGGUGAAAACUACAAUGGCAAAAUUUCCCAAACAGAGUCUGGGUUGGAGUGCCAGCAUUGGGAUAAUCAAGAACCUCACACUCACGGGUACAAACCUUCAAACUUUCCAGAGAAGAAUCUGAAGCUGAAUUACUGCCGUAACCCUGAUGGCGAGCCUCGGCCCUGGUGUUUUACUACCAACCCCACAAAACGCUGGGAAUUUUGUAACAUCCCACGUUGCACUACACCUCCACCACCUUCUGGCCCAGGACAGCAGUGUCUUUCAGGAAAAGGAGAGGAUUAUCGAGGCAAGAUAGGCGUCACUGUGUCAGGAAAUACUUGUCAACGUUGGAGUGUUCAGUUUCCUCACAAGCAUGCCAGGACUCCUGAGAACUAUCCUUGCAAGGGUUUAGAAGAAAACUACUGUAGAAACCCUGAUGGUGAGACCAAGCCAUGGUGUUACACCACCAACAGCACAAUGCGAUGGGAAUACUGUAGCAUACCCAGCUGUGAUGAGACAGAAACAGUAAACACUGAUACAAUUGUGCUUCAACAGAGUCCAGUCACUGAAGAUUGUUUCCGAGGCAAUGGCCAGAGUUACCGUGGCACAACUUCAUUGACUGUCUCAGGAAAGAAAUGCCAGCCAUGGAAAUCAAUGUCGCCGCACAAACACACGAGGACCCCAGAAGCAUAUCCAAAGGCGGACUUGAGGGAGAACUAUUGCAGGAACCCAGAUGAUGAUCCAGCCCCAUGGUGUUACACCAUUGAUCCUACUGUGAGAUGGGAAUACUGCAGUCUGAGGCGGUGUGGCGGCUCACUAGUGACUUUACCAAAGCCCCCUCAGACAACUAUAGCAUCGACCCUUCAUACAACUGCACCUACCCAAAAAGAUUGUGUAGUUGGUAAUGGUAAAGAUUAUCGUGGCACAGUGGCACACACUGCAAGUGGCAAGACUUGUCAAGCAUGGAGUUCGCAGAAACCACACAGCCAUGAUUCUUUCACGCCAGUGACUCAUCCACGGGCAGGGCUGGAGAAAAAUUAUUGCAGGAAUCCUGAUGGUGAUGUUAAUGGUCCCUGGUGCUACACAACAGACCCGAGGAAAGCCUGGGACUACUGUGAAAUCUCUGAGUGCCCUCCCCCUGAAUAUGAGUGUGGAAAAGCCAAGACUGCUCCAAAACUGUGCCCUACAAGGAUUGUGGGCGGGUGCAUUUCAAAUCCACACUCUUGGCCGUGGCAAAUCAGUCUCAGGACAAGUUUCAACAUGCACUUUUGUGGUGGCACUCUGAUAGCCCCACAGUGGGUUCUUACAGCCAAACACUGCUUAGAGCGGUCAACCAGGCCUGCUGCAUAUAGAAUCUUCCUUGGACUGCACACGGAAAGGGCAGAGGAGUCAUCUGUGCAAAUGCGAGAUGUUGAGAGAAUAUUCAAGGAACCUGGUGGGGCAGACAUUGCCUUGCUGAAGAUGAGCAGUCCCGCAGUGAUCAACAAUGAAGUGAUCCCAGCUUGUUUGCCGGCAGAAAAUGUGGUUUUAGGAAACAGAGCAGAAUGCUAUGUGACUGGCUGGGGUGAAACAAAAGGUACUGGGGGAGAAGGCAAACUGAAAGAAACUGGCUUCCCUGUGAUUGAGAAUAAAGUGUGCAAUCGCCCUGAAUUUCUGAAUGGAAGAGUUAAGAACCAUGAGCUCUGUGCUGGGAAUAUUCAUGGUGGCACCGACAGCUGCCAGGGUGACAGUGGAGGACCCCUGAUAUGUACUGAGCAAGACAGAUUCAUUGUUCACGGUGUCACCUCGUGGGGUCUUGGCUGUGCUGAGCCUAUGAAGCCUGGUGUUUAUGCACGAGUGUCUAGGUUUGUUAAUUGGAUUGAGAGGGUAAUGAGUAUCGCUUGAGUCCUGAGGAUUCACUUGCGCAUCCUAAACAGCAAGGCACAAAGUAGAUAUGAAGGAUUCCCAAUACAGUUUUAAAAAUCAAAAUUAUUUACAAGAAUCUGAAAUAUCUAUUUUAAGUUACUAUAAAUUAACAGCCAUUGCCAACAAACCAAAAUGACUGUUCCCCUCCUUUGGUGUGUUUUAUAUGCUAUAAUGAACACGCAUUUGUUGAAAAGUCUCCUAUUCUCUCUUUUCCAUAAGUAGUCCCAAAUAUGUUAAUCCUUGAUACAGACAUUAAAUUGUUCAUAGGGUUUAAA